ACGUGUAAUUGUUUUGAUUAGGAUCCAAAAUGGCGGGUCGUCAGGCGUUUCCGCGAUUGAAGUCACUUUCGUCUGUUUUCUCCAAGAAAUUGUUUCUUUGUAGAAGUGGAUCGUUGACAAGAUGUCUACAUUCGUCUGUAGUUCUGUUUCAGCUUGAUAGCCAAGAUGCUCAAAGUAUAAUCGUUGGAAAUCGAAAUGGCUUCCCUGUCCUCACUGUCCCCCUUCCAUCUCGACGUGAGCUCUGUGAAUUUACACUCCGCCCACUUGGAGAGACAGUGAAAGAUUUUGUUGRCAACAUAAAAGAUGAAGACGGUGGCAUUGACCGUGUGGCUGUCUAUAAUUUAGAAAAGUCUCGUGUGUCUGGAAGUACACGUCUUGAUGCAUUGCUGAGAUCUAAUUUUAAUUUGGUAGUCAAUGAUGUUGAGUAUCUUGUAGAAGUUCCYGAGGAAACCAAAAUACCUACCGAAAAUUCAAGAGAAUUGGCCAAAGCAAAGACGCUAAUCCACCAAUUAUAUAGUUCCUUGAACAUAGAGGAGCACCAGCUUGAGAAAGAACGGAAGCUUCUCAGCAAGUUAGAUGACAUCAAAUAUCAGUUGGAGCCGUUGGAAAAAGUYAAAAAGGAGCUCGAUUCCAAAGCAGAACAGCGGGCUAACAUUUUUGUKUGGGGAGGUCUUGCAUACAUGGCUUUUCAGUUUGGUUUUCUGGCUCGYUUGACUUGGUGGGAGUACUCGUGGGAUAUCAUGGAGCCUGUGACGUACUUUGUUGGCUAUGGCACAGCGAUUAUAUUUUAUGCUUAUUUUGUGAUUACUAGACAG